AUGAGUCUUUACACGCGUUACGUUUCGGGUGAACACGACAAAGAACACUUCAAAUCAAAACAAACACAAACCAGCACCAUUGGCAACAAGACACCAAACUCCAUUGACAGCAUAGUAGCCAGGGACGGUAUUCGGCUUCCUUUCUUCAAUGGUGAUAAUCAUGACAAUGAUACAAACGAGUGCCCUGACCAAAACAAUGGACUGCUUCUACAUUGGUUAGAUAUUCUUCAACGUGCCGCAAUAUUUACUGGCCACGAUGAUGUCAUGUUUAAUCAAGUUAUAACAAUAGUAUAUAAAAGCGCGAGAAAGAACAAGCUCUCUACUCAAACAAUUACCAAAUUUGGAUUAGCUUCGUUUCCUGACUUGAGAUUGGAUUCGAAUUCUCGAUUCUGGCCUAGUUGUGAAAACCUUUUACCACAAUAUCAAAAGUCACAUGUACGACAAGCAUUGGCCAUUCUGAAUUUGAAGAAUUCCAAUAGAAUGUUGAAUAAUCACCAUCAUCUGAUAAAUUUACCCAUGUGGGAUGAAACUAAUGCCGGUGGUCUAGCGAGUGCAAUGUCGUUGAUACAGAGUAAAUCACCAGAUGAAGUGGGGAAAAAGAUUCUUGAACUUGGAUUGGUGCAACAUCAGCAAUUGUGCUCCUUCACAAUAGAUGUAAUCUAUGAUAACGAUCAUGCUAAAGAAGAAGUAGUAGAGGAGAAUAAUACGUUGGUUUCUUUGUUGGGACAGCAAUUGGAUCAAAUUUUUGAUCUGUUAUUGGAAUAUGCUCCCGAGGAAAUAAAAGCAGCAUACACACCAUCCCCAGACAGGAAACUUGUGCAUUUUCUGAACCCCAAAAUACAAUCCAUCUUAGAUGAGCUUAUAAAUGUACAGACCAAUUACACGGCUCGAUUGGUGAAUUUACUACAAACUUUUAUAAUACCUUUGCGGAUAAGUGUGACGAAAAAUGAUAACGAAAAGUCAAGUGGUGCUAUACAAAAAAUUAACCAGAUUUUCCCACCAACUAUUGAUGAAAUAACACGGGUCAAUUGCCUUUUAAAUGAUGCGUUAUUGAAGGCUCGCAAAGUGGAUGAUAUCGAAGUCAUUGUUGCUAUGGGAAAAGUCUUGCCAUAUUUCUACAAACCUUUUAUACGCCACGAAGCCAAUGUGAAGCACUUUAACGAAAAUUUGACCAAAUUUUCUCAAAACUAUAAGCUGGGUGUGUUUGAAAACUUGAAGAUAAAUUCAUCGCAAUAUACUGUGCGCGAGAUCGAUUCAAUUGUCACUGGUGCGUUAUUGGAAUUACCCAAGUUUAAGCUUUUGUUGCAGAGGCUACAUGAUGCAAUUGAGUUUGAGGAGAUACAAUUGCGGAAUUUUGACAAUGACAACGACAGUGACACUACCAGCAACACUUUGCAUUUGAUAGACCUGCAUUUCACUUCAGCAAUGGAUGUUAUUUACGCGUUUUCGGGAGCAGAUGAGCAUAAAGUUGAAGCAAGACGUCGAGUGUUUACGCCCACCGGCAGAAUGUUGACAGAAUUGGCAGGGAAUUGGCCAUCAGAGCUCCAAUUUGACUGGAAUUCGAGGAAAGUUGUAGGGAUUUUCCAAUUACACAAUGUUGCACCUACAAAUAUGACAAGCUUGGAGAUUUUGGUUGUUUUUUCAGAUUAUUUAUUGUUCUUUACCGUUGACGAUGACGAUGUUGACGACAUGAGUAAAGAGCACAGGAAGCAAUUGUCAGUGGCUGAUGCCUUGAUGCAUUCAUUAAUCAAUGAAAAACCCAUGCCUGAUUUAGAUGCAUUCCCCUCGAUGCAAGUAUCUGCUUGGAGUCGUAUUGAAGAUGUAUUGGUUAGCAAGUACAUGGCAUUGGAUGAAAUGAAUACAGAAAUAGAAUGUCUUCGGUUUCUUUCUAUGCAUGCAGAUGGGUUUAAAUCGUCCAAGAAUGGACCAAAGUCAUUUAUUCGUAACUAUCGAGUUACGGGGAGUCGUAUCCCAGCUGAGGAUAUCAUAGUCGCAGUUGAGAAGUCAAAAAUACUUCAUAAAUCGUCGUCGUUUCAUUUAUUCAAGUCAACAAACAGCAACAUGCAUAUUUGCUAUACUGCUCAAUCAACAUCUGACUACCAAACAGAGACAUUCAAGCUGCCGUUUGCCUUGAUUUUGAAUAUGGAUGUAGAUGUGCCGUGUUACUUUGAUGACCAUCCUCAAUUACUUUUAUUACUACAGGCAACAAUGGUCAACUAUAAUGAAGUUAAGGUUACUGGAUAUGACAAAUGCACUCAGCAGCAGAUUAAUGACAUUGUUGAAAGUGAUCAGUUUUCCAACUAUGUUGAGCUUAUGGUGGAACAGACAUUCCAUAAUUUGUUUUCGUCAUAUAAUGUGGUAACCCAUAAUGAAAUUGAAGGAAAUUCAUCACAUCUAAGAUACUUGGUUGACUGCUUUCUACAUGAUGCUGAAGCACCGGAGAAACGAGAUCUGACAAAUGCAAAGUCCACCCAUGUUGGUACAUCCAAAAGUGAACCAGAGGUAAACCUCGCAAAAACUCCUUCGAAUAAUCCUUUGUCUUCAACAAGCUCUAUCUUGAGCAAGCUCCACUUGAAAAGAGCAAAAAAGACCAAUUUUCCAAUUCAUGAGCCCAAAAAACCAAAAAAGAAGGUAUCCAAUACAUUUAUUCCUCAAGGAACCAAACUCGAAUACAAAGAGAUAUACAAGCCGGUGCCCACGCUCCAGAAAAGAAAUGUGUCACCAAAAAGCACAGUCGUGGAGAGUAAGCCAGAUUUAUCAACAGCUGACAAGAAGAAUAAACGAUGCGAGUCUAUAUCGUCGAUUGAUGUAUCACCCAAUUUCAAGUUCCCACAAAUGGAUAAAUUGGAUGAAAUUGAAAUUGAUCAUAGUGUUUCCAUCGUUGAUCAUGAAGCCAGCACUAUCAAGCGACUUUCAACUAUGGAUGAUAUCUCCAUGGUUUUGAAAAUGUCACUGGCAUCAUCUUUUAUGGGCGAUUACUUUAGUGAUGAUUAUGACCAAACACCCAAUUGGGAGUGUAUCAACGCCAAGAAUGUGGAUUCUUGUAACAGGUUGAAUCGAGAAGUGAGAAGAUUGUCUCUGCAGUUGGGAUAUUCUGGUGAUUUGAUUGAGUUUAAUGAGAAAUCAAUGAACAAUUCUCCAGGCGCUGUUAGCAAUAAGUUGCAUGAACUCGAGCCCCCUAUGCCAUUAUUUGUCAAACAACCGGCUAAUUCCCGCAAACUGUCGAAUGAAUCACUGAUAUUUUCGCAUGUUAGCGAGACGCCCAAGUCCAGUAAUACGUUGGCCACACCACCUUUAAAAAGCAGCAUGAAUGGUGCGUUUACAGGCCCCAACGACUUUAGCUCUGAGCAUCUUGGGUCCAACUCAGUUCCCCGUCGAAUUCCCCGGGAAAGUUCCGUCAGGUCCAUUAGUGCCCAUGAAUAUGCAAUUGAAUUUAGUAAAUUGAUCGAUGAGGAAUUCAGCAAACCACCAAUGGAAACAGCUAUAGGUACAGAAUCGUUACCUACAAUAAAGACAACCAAUAACAGUCCUCUGAUGACCUUGACUCCAUUUCAUACUAAUUCAAGUGUAGUUACGCUUGUUAGCAAUUCAUCAAAUAAUUUUGAGCCAUCGGAUGAAGAUUUCCAUUCAUCAACAGAAGACCAAGAUAAUAAAACACAAGUUCAACCAGUGGUCAACAUCCCUGAGUCGAAAGAUGCGUUGCCACAGAAGUUGGUUGCCAAGAAUAGGGUCACCAUUGCAAAAACCAUGCGCUCGAGUGAAACUAAAACUAAACCAUUGAAUGAGUUUAUGAGAGAUGAUUCCAUUGUCCAACUCACGAACCUCUUGCGCAACUCGAUCAAAUUUAGUGAUUUCAACGUUGAAAUGAUUCGAUAA